AUGACGCUGAUGCUCCCAGCAUCGUCGUCGACGACGACGGCAGUAUUUCGAAGCAGCAGCAGCGGGAGAAGAAAGAACCACGGGGCGAAGAGAAUGUUGAGGGUUCGCGCGUCGUCGUCGUCGGAGAAAGAGACAAAGAAGCGCGCAAAAGAAGAAGAAGAAGUUCCUCCUUCGGUUUUGGGACCAUCGCACGCGACGAUCCACUCCUCGAGCGUGGAGAAAGAAACGAUUGAAGUCGUCACGGACGAUCCUCGCGAGCAGUUGAAACGGUAUCAGGAGAAGUAUCGGUAUUCGAUUCGGCACCCGGGUGCGUUUUGGGCCGAACUCGCGUACGAGAACUAUAGUUGGGAAAAUCGAGACGAGUUUUUCAAACACAACGAACACAACGAACGCGAAAAUUUCGACGCGAGGAAAGGCGACGUAAACGUCGAGUUCUUUAAAGGCGCGAAGACAAAUAUAGCGUACAACUGUUUGGAUCGAAACAUCGAGAAAGGUUUAGGAGACGCGCCGGCGAUUAUUUUUGAGUCCGACGAAGGCUUCGAGCGAGAGAAGCGGUGCGAAACGCUCACGUAUUUGGAGUUGAAAGAGAAGAGCGAUAAGUUAGCCAAUCACUUGAUUUACGUGUGCAACGUGAAACCGGGGGAUGUGGUUGUGUGUUACUUACCGAUGAUUCCAGAGGUUGUGGUGACGAUGAUGGCGUGCGCGAGGAUCGGCGCGGUGCAUAACGUCGUUUUCGCCGGGUACUCUGCGGAGGCGUUGGCGAAAAGAAUCAUCGAUAGCGAGGCUAAAGUUUUGGUAUCGGCGGCGAUGUCGUAUCGAGGCGGAAAGGCGAUUGAGUUGUUUAAGAUUGUCGCCGAAGCGGAAAAAAUUUGCGAGAUACAAGGGCAUCGAAUCGAGGAAAGAGUGUGUCACUUUAACUUGCCCGGAUCGGAGCCGCACACGGAUUGGCCAAAGGAAAAAGCGGAGAUAUUAGCCGCGUACAAACAACGACACGGAGGUAAUGAAAUGUCACCCGCUUGGACGGACGCGCCGCACGGCAUCAUGCGUCCAUAUUAUGGUUUAUGCCUUCUUGAAAGUUUUGAUUUGGCGUUGGACGAGCAAGAGUCGCGACCUCCGCCGGUGACGAUCUGGCGCGACGCGGAAGACCCAGCGUUUAUUUUGUAUACGAGCGGGUCAACGGGCGCACCCAAAGGUGUCGUUCACGUGAUUGGCGGAUAUAUGGUUCACGUCGGGGAGACGAUGAAAGAAGCGUUUAACGUAAAAGCUGGCGACGUGACAUUUUGCACCGCAGACGUCGGAUGGAUAACGGGUCACUCGUAUCUUGUCUACGGUCCGUUACUGAACGGUUGCACCUCGAUUUUAUACGAAGGUAAACCAGAUUACCCGAACGCGAGUCGAUUGUGGGAAAUUUGCGACAAAUAUCGCGCAAAAGUUUUAUACACCGCACCAACUGUUAUUCGAUCUUUGAAGAAACAAGGCGACGAGUGGGUCACGAAAACGAAACGAGAUUCUUUGGAGAUCUUAGGAACGGUUGGAGAACCUAUCGGCGAAUCCGCGUGGACGUGGUUCCACGACGUCGUCGGCGAGGGAAAGUUGCCAAUAGUUGAUACGUGGUGGCAAACCGAAACCGGCGGACACGUCAUCUUAUCUUUACCGAACGUCGGCGAACAGAAACCGGGGAGAUGCGGAUUACCUUUCUACGGAUGCAUUCCUGCGAUUCUCGACCCGCAAACCGGGAAAGAAUUAGAUGGACCAAACGUGGAAGGUCUGCUCGCGUUAAAACCUCCCGCGUUACCUGGGAUGUUUCGCGACAUUUACAAAAAUCACGAACGAUACGUCAAGUCGUAUUUUCAAGAGAUUGACGGGUACUACGUCUCCGGCGAUGGCGCGAGAAGAGACGAAGAUGGGCAAUACUACAUCACCGGGCGAGUCGACGAUGUAAUCAACUGCUCUGGUCACAGAAUUGGCACGGCUGAAGUCGAAAACGCGCUCGCUCGGAACGUGUUUGUAACCGAAGCCGCGGUCGUAGGCAUCCCGUCUGAGAUUAAAGGCCAAGAGUUGUUCGCGUUUUGCUCGCUGAGAGAAGAUAUUCAAUUUUUGAAAGAGAAAGCGGAAUUGAAAUCAUCCAAGUAUACCCCGGAGCAGUUGAUUGUAAGAGAUCUCAUGGACACAUGCGCGAAGGAAAUCGGUUCGUUUGCAAAACCAACCGGUGGGAUUUUGCUUCUCCAGCCAGGCACUGGAAUUCCCAAGACGCGCUCGGGAAAGCUCGUUCGAAGAGUUUUACGCAAGAUUGCCAAAGGUGAUUUGACGGGUGACUUUGGAGAUUUAAGCGCGGUGGCGAAUCCAGAAUCGAUUCAAUGCAUCAUCCAAGCGAAGAAAAAAGCGAACGAAGCGGAAAACUAG